UAAAUCGCAUUUAGCUCCGUCGAUACGAUCCUGGACACCGUCCUCACUCCCCUCCCGGAAGCGCGGAUGACUUGGAUGGUUUCGCCCAGUGAGUCCAAGGGAUCAGGCUGCUAGCCGUUGUGCUACAAUAAGUUGUGAACUAUGGACGAUCAAUCCCACUUUGGGCUUUUAUAAUUGAAUAAAUCUGUCGCUUGCGGUUGAUUACGAGGCGAUGUGAGGAGACGGAUUUGUGUGGAGAAGUGCCAAGGAGCUCCAUGGCAAGCAGCAACUUCAAAUUUGAUCAUUUCAUAAUCUUUUUCUUGGCUUGGCACUAAUGGCUGCUCAGUCUAGCGUACGCGAAGACCUGAAUGUCCUGCGGAGGAAAGAAUGGGAGCGGAGGAACCAGGAGGCCCUGCAGGAGAAGGAGCUGUACCAGGAGAGUACACCGCUCUUCGGGGAGCCUUACAAGACAAACAAAGGCGAUGAAUUGUCCAGCCGCAUCCAAAGGAUGCUCGGGAAUUACGAGGAUGGGAACAACUUCCAGUAUAACCAGUAUGAUGGGACACCCAGGGAUCGACCCCCUUCAUCAUCAUCGUCGUCAUCAUCAUAUGGGCGGUCAGGGCAUCCCGUGCACAAGGACAAAACGGAUCCCUCAUUCCAGAGUUCAUCGUCCUACGGAAGCACUAAACAAGGACACUCGAGUCAUGGCGCGUCUCAGUCUUCAAAGAAGUUCCCGAUCCCGGACAACUCCAUCCCAAUCCAGAGCCAAGGUGGUCCCGUCAAAACCCAUCAAACAAAAACGGACUCCUGGCCUGACAUGAAAGACUAUACCACUUUACCACCUGUUCUUCCAGACCUUUCGCCACCUGCAGAACCUUUAUCCCCUUUACAUUCCACCGAGUCCAGCGAAUCGGACCAGGACUUGGAUGAAGACAGCCAUGCCAAUGAGCGCUCACUUUCCCCUCCGUGCAACUCAUCUUCUGGAAGGACAGCGCCGUCGGGUCAUUUAGAGGCCCAGCAAACGGAAGUGUCCCACCUGGGUGGAGAUGCUCCAAUUCCGGCUUCCCAGACCUUCCCGCUUCCACUUUCUUCCAAGCCCAACUUGGCCAACUCUAAGAAGCCUAUGGCGUUGGUCCGACCCAUGGAUGGACCCGACCAGGUCAACAGCGAGUCCCCGGAUCUGAAACCAUCACCUGAUGACUACCACGGGCAUUCUUAUGAGAACUUGUCUGAUCUGAAGAAUGUCAGCAAGCCGAACCUUCCUCCACUAAAGAUCCCAUCGCAGUCUGUAGAGACAAAUGAGGUUCAGCGUGUGGAGGAGAUUCUCAGAGAAAUGACCCACUCAUGGCCUCCUCUGCUAACUGCCAUUCAAACCCCGAGUACAGCAGAGCCAUCCAAGUUCUCAUUUCCUAACAAGGAGUCCAGCAUUCAUCGGGGAUACCAGCAGCCUCAAAAGCACAGUGAGUCACCACUGAAAGCUCCGCUGUCCCCCGUUCACCAGCACCAAAGUGUGUGUGAAGAUGGUGGCGCCGCCGUGUUGGCGCCCGCAUGUGGGGCGGAGUCUGGGAGCUCCAGCGACUCGGAGAGCAGCUCGGAGUCUGAAUCAGACAGCGAGAGCAGCGACAGCGGCACGGAUGAGACGCCACCUGCUCCGAGCAGUGACGCACCAGCAGUGAAGGCCGAGGGGCUGAAAGACAUCAACUGGCAGUUGAUCAGUUGGAUCAAGGAGAGCCAGCAGAGCCUGAACCCUCAGAACCACACCGACGUUGCAUCAAAACCCAACCCCAAACCUGCGACCAGCACCAAAUCACAAACGCGCGCUCACUCCGAAGAGGAUUCCAAACCCAAAAAUAAGAAACACUACACCUCACGGACUCUGCCCGCGCAGCCCGAGUUCAGCAACGCCAACCCCGAGGCCAAACCCGCCUCUGUGAACCAACACGCCAGCCACAAACCUGCUUCAAAUGCCAAUACUGGGGCAGGAAACCGAAAAACGGUAGGUGAUAACCACCUGAGCAAGAGCACCAGCCAGAGCAGCCUGCAUGUAGAAAGCGUGGAGGUGACUCCACGCAACAAAGACGCCACGUUCAGAAGACCAAAGGUCAAGACGAAAGCGAGCCAUGAAAAGAAAUCCGAGAGCAGAAAAUCAGUUAAACGUUCAUCUUUGGAAAAAAGGGAUGGAAAAGAAGUGACUGCUAAGACUGCCCCCAUGUUGGUGGAGGAGGACAAAAAGGAGGUGGAGCCUGUUCUCCCGUCUUCCCCGCCACCCAAAAACAGUGCAACUGUAACUCGUACGUCCUCCAAGAGCUCCAAAAAGAGUCGGACUUGCUCGCCAGUGACGGACAGGAAGUCCAAAUCCGCAGCGUCAAUGGCCGUCGACGUUCCUCUCACUCUGGUGGUGAAGAUCCAGCUCAGUCAGCUAUCCAGAGUGCCACAGGUACCGAAAACGACAAAGACGGGUACCAGCUCUCAUGUGGAGACCCCUCUAAAGAAACCGAGGCAGGAGAAAGAACCGGGUAAAGCAGGCAAGAAAAGACCUGCCGAUCACAGUGAGCUCUCUGUGCCAAAAAAGAAGCCGAAACUGGAAAAAGAGGGAAAAGAACCAUCUUCAUCUCAGCACAGCUCCAGCAAAACAGAAGCACCGAAGAGCAGCCGUGAGGAGACGGACAGGAAGAGCAGCAAGAAGGUCCACAAUCCUGCUCCUGCUCACACCUCGGGACACAAACGGCGCUCGGGAGAGAUGGAGGAGAGCAGCAGCUCGGGCAGCAAGCACAAGAAGAAGAGCUCGAGCAGGGAGGAGCACAGCAAGAGCGACAAGAAAGCACCGAAGAGCAGCGCGUCUGCCCCGGAGUCGUCAGCUUCCUGCGGAGCCCCGGCAGCACACAGACCCCUGCUCAAGUUUGACGAUAAGCAGCACUCUGUGGAUUAUCAUAUGAAGGAAGCCAAAAAGCUGAAGCACAAAGCCGACGCCAUGGUGGAUAAAAUGGCCAAGGCCUUGAGUUACCUGGAUGCUGCCAUGUCCUUCGUAGAGAGCGGCGUUGCCAUGGAGACAGAUCCCCAGACACCCAAGUCGGCAUACACCAUGUUCUCCGACACCGUAGACCUCGUCAGAUUCAUCCUGAAGCUGAAGCACUACUUGGAUCCGUCAGCUCCUGCAUCAGAGCGAGACUUCUUAGUCCUGUGUAUGCGAUGUCAGGCCCUCCUGCAGAUGGCGAUGUUUCGCUGUAAACGAGACUCGGCGCUGAAGUACUCUCGCACCCUCACCGAAUAUUUCAAGAUCUCGAAGACGGUGCAGGCUCCUUCCCCCUGCAUCUCAAAGAGCUCGUCCCCGAUGUCCCCGAUGCCGUCUCCGGCCAGUUCGGUCCUCUCCAAUCCCAGCGGCAGCACUGUGUCCAUUCCUCAGCUCAUCCAGCAGAUGGCGUCAUCGUACAUCAACAUCACCGCUCUCUUCCUCAGCGCUCACGAGACGUGGGAACAGGCUGAGGAGCUGGCACGCACACGCACCGGUCUGUUAAGUGAUCUGGACAAAGCCCUCGGCCGCCUGAGUUUGACCUCCAGCAUGACAGCUCUGGUGCGUUACACUCGCCAAGGCCUCCACUGGCUCAGACUGGACACCUCGAACCCUCGCAGCGGCCCGUGAGCGUGUGUGCGUGCGUGAGAGGGGGAGAGAGAGAGAGAGAGAGAAAAACAGGCGUUUUUAAAAUUCUUUUAUGUUCUGCUUCGGGAAGGAAGGAAGUCUGUUUGCACUUCACUCUGAAUGAAAGCCAGCGGAUGUGAAGGUGGCGAGUGCACGAUGCUGACAUUUCUGCAUUUCUUCACACCAAGAGCAAACUGAAAAUCACUGGAAUCACACACACACACACACAGAGAGAGAGAGAGAGAGACGCUGACGUCGUCUUUUUUCUUUCCCAUCGCCGCUCUAACAGACAAACGGAGGGAACAAACCUGAAGUGCACACUACACGUUUAAACUUUAUCUUUGCACUCGUUUCCUCUCGUCAUGUGACUCAUUAAUUUAAACCCCACGUUUUUCAUUAUCUCCUGUGGAAAACCCAAAAAACUGUGAUCUCACUAUUAUUUAUUUCAUCUACAUUAUUAUUAUUAUUAUUAUUAUUGAGUAAUAUAUUAACCUUGAAUCAUUUUUCCCUCUUUGGAAACACUUUUUUACCCUGAUGUUGAGGCUUCCGUCUAACAUGAAAUGUUCAUAUUUUUUAAAGGUAUUUUCCCGUGAUGGAGCUCUGAAGGAUGCGUUUAUCGCUCACGCUGCACUGUUGGGGUUUUUUCAGAUCCGCAGUGAAAAUAUAUUUGAUUGAUUGAUUGACAAAUGAAAUAUAAAGCCACCGUUUGUUUUUUUGUUUGUUUGUUUUUUUCCCCCCAAAGUUUUUUCCAAUUUGAAAUCAGUUAACAAAACAAAAUGUAAUUCUACCUCAAGAGGACAACAGAGGCAGAGGAACAAUUAUUAACACACACACACACACACACACACACAGAGAGAGAGCUACCUGUACCUGCACAGACCCAGGGCCUGAGUUGUACCUGAAUGUAACGUCACACCUUUAGUCCAUGAAACACUUUGUGCCUUAUCGUGAAUCUGCUGUAAUGAAACAGAAUCACUGCAGAUCCGCAGAGUAAAAAAGAUCUGAAAAGGAAAAGAUGAACUCGUAACAGUCGCGUGUAAAUGAUUUAUGAUAUGAAUUAAGAAAUGUAUAUAUCCUGUCCGUCUCUGGAUAUGGCUUCAGACUUAAAGCACUUUUCAGGAAGAAAACCCAAAACACCAGAAUGCUGAAGUGAAAACUUCAUCCUGGUGUGUGUGCGCGUGUGUGUGAGGGAUCUGAUUUUGUAGCCAGGUUGGUAUUGCAAAGGUGCCAAUAUUUAUGAUUUAACUGUAGCAUUUAUGAUUCUUGAUCUGUUGCUGUGGCAACACCUGAAAUUCUUUCGGCGUAAAGGACGAUUCGCUGAAGGAGGAAAAGACGCCGAGAUGCGAGAGGACUCAUGUUAACUUUUAUUUAAGUAGCACCAAUGCAGAUGUUUCGCCUUUUACUGUUGCUUGGUGAACAUCUGGAGAGGGAAAAAAAAAAUUAGCUAGAUAGCUAACUUUUCCACUACAUUCUCAUGGUUUAUCAUUCAGACUGUUAUCAUCACGUCAUCUCGUCUCAUCUAUAUUUUUUAAUCUUGGUGCGUUAAAAUCUUUUCCUGUUCUUCCUCAGCAGAGUUUCUCAUCAUGUGACUGCAGAUCCUCCAGAAACAAACGUUUCCUCUGUACGUUGCUUGUUGAGCGAGAUUUAAUUCGGUUUAUCGGAGUGAGAACAGAACGUUUAACGAAGGAGACAGAUUUCAGAAAACUCUAGUAGCUGUGAUGUUUUUUUUAAAAAAAAAAACAGGACAAAACCGAGGCUUUGUUGUAGAUUUUGCAUUAUUUAUUUAUUAAAUAUUUAACUGAACAUUAUGAAAACGGCGAACCGUUUGGUGAAUAAAGCAGUCGGCUACAAUUUGCGGCGUUGUGUUGAGUUAAAGCAUCUCUUUCCGUGUAAUCAUCUGUUCAGCUUUGAUCGUUUCCAUGGUUACAUUCCAGCAAGGUUUCCUUUCCACCACCACACCUCAAAAAAAAAAAAAAAAAUCCCCAGCCAAUCAGAAAAUUAAAUUUUCCAAGCCAAUGUAUUAAAUGAAAUGAUGUUAUUAAUUAUUCUUUCUUUUUACAUUUCAUUUUUAUCUCCAGAGGAAUGUUAACCUUUCUGAAACGUGUCACGAUCCAAAUUUUUCUACAAAAAAUUCCGCAAUCAAAAUUUUUCGAUUUUAUAUUUCAAUAUUUUUUUCUUUUUUUUUUUUUUUGUUCUUUGCUCCAGAAAAAUGUGGACUGGAUUUAGAGCAAUAACAAUUAGUUUGUUUAAAGUGUGUGUGUGUGUGUUUUUUCCUUUCUUCCUGUUGUCCACUGUUAAACUUGAGUGCCAUGAAAAGCAUUUCCCAAACCAGUCUCUUACACACACACACACACACACACACACACACACACACACACAGACAGAGUGUCUCUUGAUUCUCGGUUGUAAAGGUUUGUUUUGGAAAACGUUGGCUUUUUAUUUUCCUUCCUGAGAUUCCCGGCGGGAUUCCUGAACUGGAAAUGUGAACUCUGAGGAUCGCUGAGGUUUAAGGGCUGCACAUGAAAUCCAAGAAUAAAUUGUAUUAUUGUAUUUAUUUUAUUAUUAACAUGAUUUAUCUGGUUAUCUAUGAAAGGAAGACUUUAUUCUAUUACUGUUCAUCUUAUAUGAUCAUCUAACAUUUUGAUUUUUUUCCCCGUUUUUUUUUUUCAAUUCUUCCAAAGAACGCUGCUUCACUUGUUCUUAAGACAUUUUGCAGGAUCUUUUUUCUUUCCCUUUUUUCUCGUCUGCACACUAAAUGAAAAGGUCCUCCAUGUUUCCAUAUCAUGUGACCAUUCUGUAAAAGUCUGAAUCUCGUGUGUGUGUGUGUGUGUAGGAUAUGAGUUUGCAUUCUGUUCUCCAUCAUAUGCGUGAGGUUGUUUUUUGGUUCUUUUGCAGAACAGAGCAUUCUUUCAAAAUGAUGGGGGGAAAAAAAAAAAAAAACACUUUCCAGUCCAAUAGUUUGGAAUCAUUUUGUAAUUUUGCCUUGUUGGACGUAUGAUGUGUAAAUAGUGUUGUGUACAGCGCUGUAUAAAGGACGGCAAUGAAAUGAGUUGGGUUUUUUCUUUAACUUACAAAAAAAAAAAAAAUCAAUCAUAUUUUUUUUUCCAAAGCUGUUUAUGCAGAUGUUUGUAGCUUCGGUGGAGAAGCAAGGGCUCGAGUUGGAUCAUCAGUUCCUCUCUGGCCGCCCACCGCAGCUCUGAUUUUGUCUGAUCGUUGACAGGCAAUAAAGUUUUGGGGAAAAUAUCCAGA